AAUCGGCAACACUUUUGGUUCAUUGUUGUUUGCAUGCAUCACAGUCAUGGUCUUUACUCCCUCCUCUGGUUCAUCUACAGCUCUACCCUCUGCCCUUCCCAUCAAACUCUCUGCACUCAGAGCAGACCCCAUGAUGCCAUGCUGUUUGCCUUCACUCUGUCAUCUCUCUGUUGACUGUUGGCAUGUGUUUCUGUUUUUGUUUCUCCUUUCAGUUUAUUUCAUGCACAGCACUAGACUGAGGAGGGUCCUCUGCAUCUCCUGCCAGUUCCAGAUUUUCUGAUCAUGUUCCUGCAUCAUGUGGCGGCGAUCUCUCUCAUCGUAUUUUCUUAUGUGAACAACAUGGCACGAGUGGGAACUCUGGUCAUGUGUCUACACGAUGCAGCCGACGUGCUGAUAGAGGCUGCCAAGAUGGCCAACUAUGCCAAAUGUCAGAUACUGUGCAACCUCCUGUUUGCAAUGUUUGCAAUUAUCUUCAUAACUUCCAGGCUGGGAGUUUACCCCAUCUGGAUUUUAAACACCACUUUGUUUGAGAGUUGGGAGAUUGUAGGCCCCUACCCAUCCUGGUGGGUCUUCAACCUCCUUCUGGUCUUACUGCAGCUUCUUCACUCAUUCUGGUCCUACCUCAUAGUGAAGACAGCAUGCAGAGCCAUCUCCAAAGGAAAGGUGGGGAAGUGGAAUCCUUUACAUGUUUCUAAAGAUGACCGCAGUGACAUCGAGUCCAGCUCUGAUGAGGACGACAGCCCUCCUCCCAGUCAGAAGCACCACAGCAGCGCCACCAAUGGGACCAACAAAAACGGGACCAACGGCUACCUGACAGGCGUCCCGUACCUAGACGAACACUGACCGAGCUGAUAUCACGCGAAUGGAGCCAUGCUGCAGACACUACCCCACUUAUCUGUGUGUCAGCAUAUGUAUGCGUGUGUGUGUGUGAGAGAGAGAGUGACUUUAGGCAUAUGGUGGAGACAUGAGCAUCUCAUCUUUGUAAGUUAUUGAUAGAUUUAUGUGAAUGCUGUUUUGUCAUUGGUUCUUUACUAAUUUUGUUGUGCAAUUUAUUUCUCUUCAGCUAUAUAUUUGCAUCAAACUACACUCACUGGCAAAUUUAGGGAAUCGGUACAACACACUCAUUUAGCCAACGAAUGACAGCGUUUCACUUGAUGGUCGAAGCAUGCUGCGUUGAUUUACAGCAGUUCGACACACUGCACUGCACGGGGUGUUUUCCCCCCUAAGUUUGUCCUUUUUUUUGUUAUUUGAUUUGGAUGAACAUGUUUACAAGUUUUUAGUCAGACAUAUUUUCUUCUUCUCCUUAUGAUGUUAGUGUUGACAUAAUCUUAAAACGGAAACAGCUGUGUUUUUCACCUAAACAUCAGAGUAUUAGCCGGAUUCAGUUUUCUUGCUACACCCCCAAAGACUUGCCAAAACCGUGAGUUGUUUUCUUUGUUUUUUUUUAUCACUUACAAAUGAAUGAUAAUGUGAAGUUUAUGCACAUUUGGAAAUACAUUCUUCACCCAAUAUGUAUAUGAGAUGUCAAUAACAGUAGUAUCUGUGUGUGCAUCAGGUAUGGCUAGAUGCUGUAUUCUUUAUCCAAUCAUUUUGUUAGAUAUUCUCGUACAUUUCUGGUUAUCAUUAAAUUAAAGGCAAUUUGUCCUCUCAUGAGGUAUAUAUGAGUUGUUUGAAUAAUUCAAUAAUAAAAAAAAAAAAUUGCAAUUAUA